ACAAGAGCUGCCACACAGGUUUUUGCUCAGCCCGUCUCCUUUCUCAGCAUCCAUCCAUCAAGGAUCGAGAACUAGACCUCAUUUCGGAUCUGGACUGAGGUGGAAAUUAAAAGAAUGACUCAAAAAGACUGCAGGGGAACUACAUGUGGUGUUACAAAGGUUAAGAAGACGGUGGUCUGCUUGUUGCUAUGGAUGUCUUUGCAUCUGAUCAGUGGCUCAUAUGUCCCUCAAGAGAUGAAGAGCGCCAUCCAGAAUAUCAAGCAGUUUUAUAAAGUUUCGGACAGCGACAUAUAUAACAACCAGCCUGUCAUCUCCAGAGAAGUACUGAAGAGCAGCAAUGCUGAGAGAAAGAUGGUGUACAUGGUCGGUAUUUUGGAGACGUAUGAGAAGCUGAUUGGACGCAUGUUAAAGCAGUUGCCCACUCCGAGUCCCCCCAUAGCUGGAAGCAACACUUCGGGUUCAGCCAGCAGCACAGGGUCAGAGGCCGCAUCAGAUAUAAGGCAGAAGCUGAAUGACAUUCUGGAAAAAGUCCAGAACGUAAAGACGACAUAUUAUCAGGAGCAGGAAAAGCUUCUGAAAGGAUUGCAGGAGCUGAAACACAUUCAGGUGGACAAUGUUAAGGUCCAGAACAAAGCAUUGGUGGAGCUACUAGUGCUGUACCAGGAGGCGAGCUCCCUGCCUGACAGCAUCGAGAAGAGGAGGAAGAGGCGGUGGCAGCGGCAGGUGAAGGCCAAAACUAACCGGAGAGGCUAAUACAAGAACAGUGACAGCAAUAAAACUGACAAGGACCAUUAAUGACAAACAAUAAUCAGUGUGCCGAUUUUAUAGUUUUUAUAAUUGAAAAUGAUUUAUAGAACUCAACAUAUCUUCUGUAGCCAUUGAUUUGAAUUGUGUGAAGGGGAGCACAUUUUUUAUGAUGAUGAUGAUGAUGAUGAGCUGUAAUGCUUUCCUAAAAUCUCAUUAAGCGCCAACACUCAACUGAUGUUUGAAAAGAUGCUUUUAGUGUGAUGAUAUUUGGUGUCAACAUGAACCCUCAGUCGCUGUAGUGCCUAAAAGACCUAAUGAUUAUGUUUACAGUACAACGUACACCUGUGGCACGUACACCAAAGUACUUACUAAAGUACUUUCUGUCCUCUGAAGUUCUUCUCUGGAGGACUACAUGUAUCUAAAAUUUAGCUUUUACUGUCAUGUUUUAGUUUAUCAUAUUUAUUAGUAAUUUAAGUUUAUUUAAGAUUAAAUUAUGCUGUUAUGACUGAUGUUGAUAAUUUAUUGAAUAUUUAAUUACUGC